CCGGCCGCCCGCACCCCACGGACAGAGGGACCCGUCAUCCGCAUAGACCUCCCCAGGAAGAAGUACCCGGCCUGGGACGCCCAUUUCAUCGACCGGCGCCUGCGAAAGACCAUCCUGGCGCUGGAGUACGCCUCGCCCAGCACCCCGCGCCUGCAGUACCGCACAGCAGGAGUGUCCCAGGAGCUCCUGGAGUAUGAGACCACCGUGUAGGGCAGGGGCGUCCCCGGCCGGGCUGUUCCGUCUCUUCGCAGCGUUUUGCCUUUCUUUUCGGUUUGCCGGCACUUAGGGGUGGCCGUGCCGAGCGCCCCGCGGGCAGGGGCCGGUGAGGUCCCUUGGUGCUAUCCCCCCACGGGCUGGCCGUGCGCCGGGGGCUCGUCCUUGCCAAAAUACCUCACCUGUGCCUGAGCCGCCAGGUCGGUGGCACAGGGUGGGGGCUGCGGGGUGCACGGGAGCAGCCCGUUUGGUGAGGGGCUUUGGGCACAGCGGGACGUAGCACGGGGGAAUGUGGAGAAUGUGGGUGCUGGGGGAGAGCCAUGGGGCUGAAGGGUGUGGAGUGGGGCUGUACUGGAGUCUGGGGCUCCUGUCGACCUCAAGUAGUGCGUGGCAUAGGGCCGGGGCAGCCCCCCUUGUUCUCCUUCAUUUCAGCCUCAAUUCCCCCGCACGUGUUCCGGCUGUUCCCCCACCCCCUGGGGUCACUGCUCCAUGCAUGGGACAGAGAUCCUGGCCCUGAGGCCAGUGGUGGGAGGCACAGCACCUCUCCACUCCCUCCUGCCCUUCUGGGAACCACUUCAUUGCAUUGUGUUGGUUUUCACCAGACGGGUGACAUUCUGUGUGACAUUUUCUACCUCCACUGACGCUGGUGGGGCAGGGCUUGGCUGGCACUGGGAGGACUGUGCAAGGCAGUGGUGAUGUGCCCGGGGGCUCCCCAAAGUCACAUUCACUCUCAUUCAUUCUUCUCUCCAUUCCCCAGCCGGGAUCGUCUCCAUCCACCCCCCAUCAGCAUCAGCCCCCCACGCUCAGCAGUGGGAACCUGAGCCAGGACGAUGCCCCCAGCCCCCUACUUCCUCCCCAGAGGAGCAGGGCUGCCCUGGGCUCUGCAUUUGAAUGUGUGCGUGGCUUGGUCCCAGCCCGCAGUGCCCCCUGCCCUAAGGGCUGUGCUGAAUGUACCCCCACCCUGUGUUUGUGCCCUGUGUGUGUGUGUGUGUGUGUGUGUGUGUGUGUUUGCAGCUGGGUUCGCAGGGCAGAUCUGCUGUCCUCUGGACACACAUCCCACCCAGAGCCCCUCACAGCCCCGGUGCCUUCCUCCAGCCCCGGUGUUCCUGCGGUGUCCCAUGGUGCUGGGAGGUGCCCAUCGGGCUGCAUUGCUUUUGUUUCCCAUUUCUCCGUAGCUCGAGGGAUGAGUGCAGGCUGGGGUGGGCCACGUGGGGUCACUGGUGCUAACUGGUGCUAUCUGAAUGCCUCGGAACCUUUCUGGAGGAGGGCGCAGAGCAGAGCUGGGUCUGGGCAGAGGGCUGGGCCCCCCUCCCCCGCGACCCUCACUCCUCCUCUACCACUAGGAAUGGGCAAAAAAUCCCACUCUGUCCCACCGAGCCCCAGGACAGCCCCAGCCGAGUCCCAGCAGAGGAGGCAGCCCUUAUCCUCAGGGAAGUGUAAUGGAAGACGGGACCUAGCUGGGCAUGGAGCAGCCAGGUGCCAGCAGCUUGGAGCAUCCCAGCCACCGAGUAGUUGCUGUGCUGGUGCCAUGCUGUUGCCACAUCAGUGCCAUGCUGGUGCUGGAUGCUGCAGCCCUCUGCCCGUGACCGCCAUGUGGAGCCACGCCACCUGGGCUGAGGUGCAGCCCGUGCCCUUCCCAGGGGCACAGGUCAUAGGGACUCUUUUCUAUGCACUCAUGCCACGGUACCCUCAGACCCGGGCUGCUCCCAUGUCGGGAUCAGGGCAGAGGCUGCAGUGUGGGGCUGUGUGGGAUGGCACAUGGCCACUCCAUUGCUUUGUCCUCAUGGCCCCCGAGCCUGGUGGCUCCCCAGCCCUGCUCCAGCCAGGCUGAAUGGGCAGUGCCAGGGGAAUCAAGCCCAGCUGGCAGCAGUGACGAUGGCAGCAGUGUCAGGACAGCAGCACUUGCUGGGGUUGCACCAAGAGGGCUCGAGCUGGGGUUGAGCUGGGGAAGGGGAAGCUCUGAGAGACCUCAGUCCUGGCGGGGAAAGCGGGACCGCCCCAAGUUCAGGGAAUGGGGGAUGCAGCUCGGACCAAGACCGGGCCCCGCUGCUCUGGGCUGGGGCUGUUUCUCCCCAGCAGGGACUGAGGGUCUCAGCCACGUCCCCCCCUGGUGCUUGGGACCUGGGAUCCCGGCUGUCAUGUACUGUAAAUACUCUGUGUGCCACCUUCUUCUCUGGGACCCUUGGCACGGGCAGGGGAUGAGCGAGAGACCGGGGUCUGACCGAGACUUUUUUGUAUACCACAAACUUUUUGUAUAUUUUUAAUUUUGCUGCAACAUGAGAUAUUAAAUUCAUUUCAAUAAGCACUGCCUGCUAGAGCCUUUUCCUUGCUGGCUCCUCCGGCUCUCCCCAGCCCCCCCCAUGCUGUCAGGCUCAGGGCCUUGAAGUGGAGCUCCCAGGAUGCUGGGGACAUUUGGGAAUAGCUGUGGAUGAGCCACCUGCUUGGGACCCUCAGCCCUGCUGUCUCUGGCAGGGAAGGGGUGUGUGGGCAGGAUGUGAUGUGCUGGGGAGGAAACUGCUGGACACAGCCCCGUCGCCAGCGAUCCCAGUCCAACCUCCUCCAUGCCGGGGGGCCCUAUUCACCAUCUGACCCCCAGUCCCAAAGCAGGGGUCCGUGGGCUGCCCUAGGGUCAGAGAGCUUUGGGCAUUGCUGUGUGGCCUCAAGAUGGAGUCGUCCUCCAUGCCAGGAGGCAGACAGGGGUCCUUGGGAUCCCCGUGGUAGUGAGGGGCAGGGGCUGAUCUGCUGCAUAGUGCACAGGUACCUCAGCUCUUGUUCUGGACCUGGUCCAGACCCAGUCCCAGCCCCAUACUACCCACAGUCACUGUCUUGUACCAGUCCCAGUCUCAGUUCCAUGCCAGUCUCAUACCAGUUCUGGUCCCAGUCCCAGUCUCAGUCCCAGUUCCAGCACCAGUCCCAGCUCAAUCCCAAUCCCAUAUCAGUUCUGGUCUCAGGCCCAGCCCAGACAAACUCCAGUUCCACUGUCAGUCCCAGUCCCAGCCCAGUCCAGCCCAGCACCCGCGGAGGGGCAGGAACUCACAUCCGAGCCAUUCUGGUGGAGUUUCCGACAGGAAAACAACAAAGGCGUUGGACAGAAAGGACGGCAGCAGCGCCAUGGACUGCGAGACCAAGAAAGGGAAGAAGGGCUUCGUGUCGCCCAUCCGACGCCUGGUGUUCCCCAAGGCUGCACGGAGGGCAGCUCUCCGCAGCAGUGUCUACCGGCGGCCGCUGCACUCAGUGCCGCUGUACCCCCCCGACUACCUGAUCGACCCCCAGAUCCUGCUGCAUGACUAUGUGGAGAAGGAGGUGAAGUUUUUGGGCCACUUGACCUGGGUAACAGCCUCGCUGAACCCCUCCAGCCGGGAUGAGGUGCUGCAGCUGCUGGACACUGCCAGGCAGCUGAAGGAGCUGCCUCUGCAGACGACCCCGGAGCAGGACAGCAUCCUGAGCCUGUCUGCCCGCUGCCUGCUGCUCACCUGGCGUGACAAUGAGGAGCUGAUCCUGCGCAUCCCCACGCAUGAGAUCGCCGCAGCCUCCUACCUGCGUGACGAUGCCUUGCACCUCCUCAUCCUCAAAACAGGCCUGGGAGUGGACCCAGUCCCCGCUGGCGCAUACCCCGAAGCGGCCCCGGUGCCGGAGGUGCUCCCGGCGGAGAAGCGCUCG